AUGAUCCCUCUGGCUCGUCUGGGCGGCGCUCUGCUGCUGGCGACGCUCGUCCAGGCGCAGUCUUCAACUCCUACAUCCCUUGCGCCAGCUGCCCAGACGGUCUCCUCCUCCUCAGCUGCUGGCGCACCACUGUUCGCGACCGAGCAGGUCCAAUUGACGCAGCCUGUGAUCGACAACCUGACGACCACCCUGAACGAGUCCACCGCUGCCCUCUUCGCCUUUGGCAACAGCACCGCCAAUUCCACACUCGCCGCUCGUUCUUUCGGCAGCUGCAAGGUCUUUCCGGGCGACGCUUUCUGGCCGUCGGAGCUGAUCUGGGAUAUCUUCAACCUCCUGCUGGGCGGCGCGCUGAUCAAGACCGUCCCGUCGGCCUCGCCGUGCUAUAAUGGCUGGGGAGACUUCAACAGCGCCGAAUGCAGCGCUAUCGCCGCGCAGUGGAACAAUUCCAACUUCCACGCCGCCGACCCAACCUCCGUCAUGUGGCCGCUCUACGAAGGACGCAGCUGUCUGCCCACCGACAUCGCUGUCUACAGCAACUGCUCGCUGGGCGGCUAUCCCAGCUACGCGGUGAAUGUCAGCAACGUCGCGCAGAUCCAACUGGCCGUCAACUUUGCGCGCAAUGCCGGCCUGCGCCUCGUCGUGAAGAAUACCGGACACGACUUCUUCGGCAAGUCGGCGGGCGCCGGGGCCCUCAGUAUCUGGACGCACCAUCUGAAGGAAAUCGAGUAUCUCCCUGAUUACCGCAGUCCGUCGUAUACCGGUCCGGCCGUCAAGAUGGGCUCUGGCGUGCAGGCGCAGGAGAUCUACGCCGCGGCCAAGCAGUACGGCGUGACGGUGGUUGGCGGCGAAGGACGGACCGUCGGUGUGGCAGGAGGCUAUGUGCUGGGCGGCGGACAUUCUCCCCUGUCCAGCGUCUACGGUCUGGCAGCAGACCAGGUGCUCGCCAUGGAGGUCGUUCUUCCGGACGGGCGAUUCACGACGGUGACGAAUAAAACCAAUCCCGAUCUCUUCUGGGCCCUGCGCGGUGGUGGAGGCUCCACCUUCGGCAUCGUCACGUCGAUCAUCUCGCGCGUCUAUCCCCAGAUCCCCGUCACAUUGUCGACCUUUUCCUUCUCGACGGCCACCAGCCCGUCGGUGGACAACUUCUGGGCGGCGGUGCGCGCGUACUACGACCAUUUCGUCGACUUCACGAACGCAGGCACAUACGCGUACUUCUGGAUCCUGCCGACGGGCAACGACUCGUACUCGUUCCUGAUGAACCCCUUCUUCGCCGUCAACCACACGGUCGAGCAGUACAACGCGCUGCUGCAGCCGUGGUUCGACACGCUGGACAGCCUGGGCGUGUCGUACGCCCCCAGCACGACCUUCUACGACAACUUCUACGACGCCUGGGAUGCCGGCUUCCCCCUUGAGACGGUGGGAUCGGUCGACAUGAUGACGGGCUCGCGCCUGUUCCCGCGGGCCAAUUUCGUCAACGAGACGCUGCUGAAUAUCACGUUCAACGUGCACCGCCAGACGCUUGAGGCCGGAUAUCCGAUCCUGGCCUUCCAGAUGAAGGCGGACCUGCCAGCGGACGCGACGCCCAACGCAGCCAACCCGGCAUUCCGGCAGAUGCUGAUGCACGCCAUCAGCUCGACGACGUUCGCGGCUGGGGCGAGCAACGCCGAGAUCCUGGCCGACAUGAACUACUUCACGUUCGACGUGCUGGGGCCGUGGCGCGAGACGUGUCCGGAGUCGGGGGCGUACAUGUCGGAGGCGGAUCCGCUGGAGCCGAACUGGCAGCAGGCGUUCUACGGGGAGAACUAUGCCAGACUGUACAGCUUGAAACAGCAGUACGAUCCGACGGGGCUGCUGUAUGCGCGGACGGCGGUAGGCAGCGAGGACUGGGAGGUGCAGAGUGUCGACGGGCUGCCGGAUCAGAAUGGGCGGCUGUGUCGGGUGGGCAGGAAUUCGAUAAGAAUCUACUCUAGUCGAUCUGCUCUGCAAAGGAAGUCAUUCAAUAGGCUUAGCUCUUUCAACCCCGCCGUCAUUAAGCUGGCUCUAAUACUGCCAAGUCCCUCAAUUGAUCUGCAGACUGACCCAGACAACAAGCAAGCUAUGCAAGGAUACACUGCGUUGUCACUGCGUACGACAGGUCUGGUGGGCAUUCCGGCUUUGCAGUGCUCGAUUUUGCGUAUGCAAACAUUGGUGCAGUUUUGGCACAUGGACUUUUUUUACUUAAAAACAUAA